AUGCUGGCCUCAGGGAACAGCUCUUUGCAUCCUGUGUUCUUCAUCCUACUUGGGAUCCCAGGACUUGAGAAUUACCAAUUUUGGAUUGCCCUUCCUCUCUGUGCUAUGUAUCUUGUGGCUAUAGUUGGCAAUAUCAUUGCCCUUCAUCUAGUUCGAACUGACCACACUCUGCAUGAGCCCAUGUCCCCCUUUCUAGCCAUGCUAGCUAUCACUGACCUGGCCCUUUCUUCUUCCACCCAACCUAAAAUCCUGGCUAUACUCUGGUUUCAUGCUCAUGAAAUUGAAUACCAUGCCUGCCUCAUCCAGGUGUUCUUCAUCCAUGCCUUUUCUUCUGUGGAGUCUGGGUUGCUCAUGGCUAUGGCCUUGGACCGUUAUGUGGCUAUCUGCUUCCCACUCCACCACUCUACUAUCCUGACCCCAGCUGUGGUGGGUAAACCGGGGGCAGCUGUGAUGAUGAGAGGGUUGCUGUGGGUGAGUCCCUUCUGCUUCAUGGUCUCCAGGAUGCCCUUCUGCCCCAACCACAUCAUUCCACAGUCGUACUGUGAGCACAUGGCUGUGCUAAAACUGGUGUGUGCAGACACUAGAGUCAAUUAUGCAUAUGGACUCUUUGCGGUCUUCUCUGUGGUUGGCUCUGACAUGAUUGUCAUCAGUAUAUCCUAUGUGGUGAUUUUGAGAACUGUUCUGAGGUUGCCCUCUGAUGAAGCCCAGCUCAAGGCUUUUGGCACAUGUGCUUCCCAUAUCCGUGUCAUCUUGGCUUUUUAUAUCCCAGCCCUCUUUACUUUCCUCACCCACCACUUUGGACAUCAUGUACCCCGGGUGGUACAUAUCAUGUUCGCUAAUCUCUAUCUUCUGGUACCUCCCAUGCUCAAUCCCAUCGUCUAUGGAGUUAGGACCAAGCAGAUCAGGGACAGGGUUAUUCCAGGAUGUUGUGGAAAAGAUCCCUAA